UGGGAUGGCAGCAGCAUGGUGUAAAUGUCAAAUGCAUACCCCCUGCCACAUCUGAGACUGGGAGCCUGGGGAACCAGCGAAGGAAGGAGCUGAAGAACUGAAAGUGAAGCUGAGCUGAAUAUUUUUAGAUAUCCAAACAUUUCUUUCCAUAGUAGUGGGAAAGAGAUACAUUUCUAAAUGAGUUUAUUACUCGUGGAGGAGCAAGACGUCCUUCCUCUCCAGAUAUCAGUGUGCAGCCUUAGCCCCAGUUGGGUGUUCACAUAGGACUUCACUGGCUUCAGGAGAAGUGGACCACAAGCGAGGCAGAUUUUUUGCAACUGACUGUGGUUGUUCGAAUCCCAGACUUUUCACUCAAAUGAUUCCCUGUUUACAUGAUUUGCUCUGACUUAUCCUGCUUGCUCUGGUAUCUCUGUUACAUUUACUGCGUACUUGGGUAGCCUGGAUCUGCAAACAUCAGACUACUGGCUCUUCUUUUAAAGGUUUUUUUUUCUUUCUUGUCCAUCUUUCUUUCUUAUCCAUCUUUUAUUUCACAUUCCAGCGGGAAUUCUGCCUCCAUCACUUCCCAAUUAUCUUAAGUGUGAUAUUUUUUUUUCUUCAAGGCUUUUAAACUCUCAAGUGGCUCUCCUAGCUGGAAGGAGUGAUGUGUCAAAUAGCCCCUAUGCCUCCAUCAGCCUGAGCCUCUCUCUUUUUAUCCAAAUUACUUACACCCCCAUCACCCCUUGCUGCACACAGGGGCAAGCGGGUGCAGCCUCACAUCAUAGGCACAAGACUCUCAGCUCUUAUGAGGGAGGUUGUGUGUUCACCCAUUUCUGGUGUGGUACAGUGUUUUUCCUUCCCUCUUCCAGGAUCUCUAACCUUGUACCAGACACAACUUGCGUGUGAACCCUUCUAUCUGCUGAGCAGUUGGCUUUUGUGCAGUAAGCUCCAGAGCUGUGAACUAGCCACGUGACUGUGUGACAGCUAAGAGGGCCUUGCGACUCAGCCCAAGAAGGCUUAGCCCUGGGGCUGUGACCCAACGGUCACCCUGACAUUUUUCCCCAGUGCAUGGCCUGACAUGAUGCUCUCUGAUCCUCUGGGGAACAGGAAACCGCAAAGUUCAUAGGAGAACUCCUUGGCCUUGUGUUGGUUAGAGCCGGGGUCCACAUAUCUGCCCUGAGAGUGGAUGUGGAGCUAGCAAAACACUUUACCCUCAGUGGAAACUUCCUGGUCAGCCUCAGAAGCAACCACAAAUCUGCCGACUUCCACCCGCCUUGCCAGGCCCUUAGCAAGGAGAGCUGAAGAAAGGGAAUAGGUGUCUAUCAUGGACACCCAUAGCUCCAUAGUAUGGUACCAAGGGAGUGUGUGGCUUCCCUCUGCUGGAAGCCAGUCCUCACCAAACUGGGACAUGACCUACCAAACUAUGUUAGGGGCAGAAUGGACGAGAACCCUGGGAAGCACUUGUCCCUUUGCACACCUGGGAUGCAGCGUGUGCAGGGGAAAGCAGCAGAAAUCUUGUCCUUUCACUGCAUCUCUGCCCUUUUAGGCGUUGCAUCCUUUUAAAUAGAUGCUUCCCCUGCACUCUGUGCUAUUGCCCAGACAGAGGCUGCAAUCCCAUGGCUGCUUCCUGGGGCUUUUCUCUUGUUCCCUGAAUAUGAAGAUAAUCGUUGGAAAUAUCUUUGCCUUUGGGGAACAAUGAAGCCAGUUGACACCGGUGGAAGACCUUGACUCCACUGUCUGUCCCUGUGUGUCCCAUAAUUCGCUGUUGACCCUCUCUGUGGGUCUAUGGGAGGCUGUCUCUUGUGGAGAUUGGAUUUUAUGAAAUGUGGAGCACCAUCCUGAGCUGCUGAAGCCCUGGAACUGAGGGAACUCAUCCCUUCUUAGGAUCAAGUGUAAGGAUUUGGCUGACUGCUUGCAAGACAAAAAUACCCAAAUACGUGACUAAUCUGAAGAAGUUCUGCAUUUUUGUGUAUUCAUUUCAGUUUUGGGGCUUUAAUCUCAGUCAAGCAUCACAGAGGACAACGUUGUCUGUAUCCAUCAGAAUACCUCAAUGAAAAGGGCGCAAGGAUUUAUCAUUUUUAUGCUGGUCCCAGGAGGCUCUCCAGCUCUGAUUCUUUGGCUUCUCUUUCUGUGCUCAUUCUUUUAUUGUGCUCAGCUGUCACAGAGGAUGGCUCAUCAUCUUGUCAGCCCUGUCAGGACCAGAAUGGACUUCCUGGCUUUCCACCUUUUCAUCCUUGCAACUGGUAGCAGCAUUGCUCCUUCCAUCUCCUCAACGUGUCAUGCAGCUGAGAGCAAAGAUGGAUAAGAUACUGGAAGCUGUGGUGAUGUCUUCAUACCCCAACAAUGUGAAGCAAGGGCUUGUGAGGCGCGUCAUUGAGGCAGCAAAGCAGCCCAUGGACAGUGAACAAUGCUGGUCCAUGCUAGAGCUGUCAACCAAGCUUUAUCUUACUGGGGACACCAAGUAUAAAAGAGAGAUCGGGAAAGAGGUUUUGGAAGUCUACGGCCACUACCACCCAGAGGAGUUUGAGGAGUUCUUCAAUGUCCGCUUCCUAUUGAGUCUCCUCCAGGAAGGCUAUGGGCCUCUGGGAAAGAGAAGCCAUUAUGUACUAGAUUAUAUCCAGUUAGGACUGCAGUUUGUCUUGGAAAGCCCAUCAGCAAAUAGCAUUUUCAACUUACUAAGGAUUGAAGUGCUCCGGAAAGUCUGUGAGAGGCCCAGCCCCAAGCAGUGUGCUAAGAUCAGUAAACUCUUAACCCAGCAUCCUCAGUGCAUUCCCGCGGGCAAGCACCAGAUCUUGUUUUGUCAGCAGCUGAUACGGUGCAUUGGGCAAUUCCAGUGCGUCUCCGAAGGAGAAGAGGAUAUUAUGGAGUUUUUGGAGCAGGUGAACAAAGUGAGCGGUCUGCUGCAGAGGAUCUGGAGGACUCAGACUUCAGCCAUCCUGCCCUCUUUGAAGGAGCUAUUCACUAUCAUUUCAUCGACAGAGGAGCAGGAAGCGCCAUCAAAUGCCUUGGCCAGCGUGGUCCAGUUUGUCCCUCUGGAGCUUAUGGAUGGUGUGAUAAGAAACCUAACCAAUGAUGACAGCAUCACUGAUGUGCAAAUGAUGACGGCCAUCAGUAGGAUGAUUGACUGGGUGUCCUGGCCCCUGGGAAAGAACAUAGACAAGUGGAUCAUUGCUCUGCUGAAGGGUUUGGCUGCAGUGAAAAAGUUCAGCAUCUUGAUCGAAGUUACUCUUUCGAAAAUUGAAAAGGUCUUCUCCAAGUUACUGUACCCUAUUGUGAGAGAGGGGGCUUUGUCCGUCCUGCAGUACAUGCUCCUGAGUUUCCAGCACUCCCAUGAAGCGUUCCACUUGCUGCUCCCUCACAUUCCCAGGCUGGUGGCCUCUCUGAAGAAGGAGGACUCCAAUUCUGCCACCAGCUCGCUGGAGCAGCUGGCUGAGCUCGUCCACUGUAUGUUCUUCCGCUUCUCAGGAUUUCCAGAUCUCUACGAACCAGUCCUAGAAGCGGUUAAAGCUCUUCCAAUUCCAAACGAAGACCGGAUUAAGCAUCUCUUGGGACAGAAUGCUUGGACCUCCCAGAAGAACGAACUGGCUUGCUUCUACCCACGCCUGGCUUCCAAAUCUGAGACGGGAAAGAUUGGGUUAAUGAACUUGGGAAACACCUGCUACAUGAAUAGCAUCAUACAGUCUCUUUUCAUGGCUUCAGAUUUCAGGCAUUCAGUGUUGAACUUAACGGAGGGCAACUCCCAGCCGCUGAUGACAAAGCUCCAGUGGCUCUUUGCAUUUUUGGAGCACAGUCAGCGACCUGCCAUCUCACCUGAAAGUUUCCUCUCUGCCUCCUGGCCGCCUUGGUUCACCCCUGGUGCUCAGCAGGAUUGCUCAGAGUAUCUGAAGUACCUGCUGGACCGUUUACAUGAAGAAGAAAAAACCGGAAAAAGGAUCUACCAGAAACUGAAAGAAUCCAGCUUGAUGUCUCAGGCCAUUGAACAGCAUUAUUUAAACAAGACAUUAAUUGAGAAGAUGUUUGGGGGUAAAAUGAUGACAAAAAUCCGCUGCCUGAAGUGUCUGAAUGUCUCCUCUCGAGAAGAAGCCUUCACAGACCUGUCCCUGGCUUUCCCUCCGCCAGACAGGCAUGUGCUUAGGACAGGGAGCACAUCUGUUUUACCAGUGGAAGAAAUUGGUCCACAGUUUAUUGAGCCUCCUGGAAACCCAAGCCAGAUAAUGGGAUCUCCUAGGAAGCAGAAGAAGCCUCAUGUGUCUGGAGACCACCCAGCCCAGCUGGUGCUGGUGGAAACACUGGGUUUCCAGGAGCCAGGAGAGCAGGCAACUCCCUUAAGCAGCGAUGCUGUUAACAUGGAUUCAGCCAAAGACCCUCUCUUGGCUUUUGGGGAGCAGACAUGCAGUCCCAAGGACUCCAGAUCUGUUCCGGAUUUAAUCAAUUAUUUCCUGUCUCCGGAGAGACUGACAGCAGAAAAUAAAUAUCAUUGUGAGAAAUGUGCUUCCUUGCAGGAUGCUGAGAAAGUGGCUGAGCUGACGGAGGGGCCGCACUACCUCAUCCUUACCCUGCUGCGGUUCUCCUUCGACCCGAGCACCAUGAAGAGGAAGAAGAUCUUGGAUAAUGUCUCCAUUCCCUUGGUGCUGAAGCUGCCUGUUCUUGUUGCCCCAGAAGAAAGCGAGGAUGUUUGGCACCGCAGGAAGGACAGAGCUGCCCCAGGCAGCAGUUUUGUGUCUGUCGUUUAUGACCUCUGUAGCGUGGUGGUGCACUCAGGGAUCUCCUCCGAGAGUGGCCAUUAUUAUUGCUACUCCAGAGAGUGCAGCGACACCAGCACCCUUGGGCAGCCCCAGGACGGCGCACAGAAACCUGCCUCUGACAAGCAGUUGGACUUUGAAAUCCAGUGGUACCUCUUCAAUGACACCAGGGUUUCUUUCUCCUCCUUCGAAUCGGUCAGCAAUGUGACCUCUUUUUUCCCCAAGGACACUGCCUAUGUGCUCUUCUACAGGCAGCGCCCGGGCAGGCAGAGCUGCCCGUUGCACGAGGCUGGGGCUGAGGCGAGCCGCCCACACGGCGAACCCUCCCUCAAUAAGGACUUGAUGGAAGCCAUUUCCAAAGACAACAUCCUCUACUUGCAGGAACAGGAAAAAGAAGCAAGGAACAGAGCUGCCUACAUUUCCGCCUUGCCGAAAUCCCCUCUGUGGUGGAGAGACUUUGACAGGGACAAGGAUGAUGACAGCUCGUCGGGGGGCUGCAGCCCUGCUGCUGGGGGAGGAGGAUCCGGCUCAUUUCACGGACUUGUCUUCUAGGGAUCAGGUUAAAUCUAACAUUCAUGUCUACGUGUCUAACCCAGCUGCCAGGCCAACCUGAAGCCAGAGGCCCCUUCUUUCUGACGCCAGUGACAGCAAGCAUCUCGGAGAAGGAUUUGGCCUUGAAUCUUUCAACGAAAAAGAACUCACGGGCUUACUCAGAUACUAUGUGGCUGGCUGGAGCUAAAUGCUGGUGCCUGGAGGGUCCUACCGCUUUCUAUGCACUUGAUCUUAACGCCUUAAAGUAAUCCUAGUAGCUAAGCACCUACGGAGACGAGCAGUUGAUGACAGCUCAGAGAAGUGCCCUUUUGCUUAAGCGUAGCCUUGUCUUGCCUGCUGCAAACCCUGCCACCAGCCUGCCGAGAGGACAGGGACAGACCCAGUGUAGCUCCGGGGCUUGAGACCUUCCAUGGACGCCCCAUUUGCAGCCCAGGCUUUCUCUCAGCGCCGACUCAUUUUUGGGGUGCCUCUGCUUGAUUUCUUUCCUUUUUUUUUUUUUUAAUGCAUAUUUGAGAACCCAUGUGGAGACAAUGUAAAGGAACUGCAUUUCCUAAAAAAGCUCAGCGGCCAGCAUGGCAAGGCAGGUUUGCCUGGGGGAGUGAGCCCGUGAGCCUGCUUCAAUCAGAGCGAACAUGAGCAGGUCGACUAGCGAGACCUUGUGCAGUUGCCAAGGCAGCAUUGCAAACGUCCGGAAAGAAGCUGAGGGGCCCGAACCCCUAGAGCCAAAAGAGACUGACCCUGGUCUUGUUGGGCUUUUUGUGCUUCAUCAAGCCCCUGUUGUGUUACCCAUUUCCUACAGUGACCUCGCCUGACAUUUUGGAUGCUAUUAAUGUACGCGGCGGCCUCAGACACACAGCCCUUUGUUCAGGCACGUCUUUAGGACUCGGUUACCCUUUUUCUGCUAUUGUCAUUUCCUGGGUUUCUGGGCCAGAUCUACUGUUUAGAAAUUGGGCUUUCUUUUGGGAUACCUUGAAUUGAGCAUCCAAAAAUGGAGACCCCCCCCCCUGCCAAAACCACUAGCUGUUUUUUAAAAUACUGAUUUGCAAGGACAGUAACCCCAACUGGAUGUAUUAGAUAAACCAAUAUAAAUACAUAAUAUAUAAGCCAAUGCAUUAUAUAAGCCAAUAUAAAUGUCGGUUUGUAAGGACAGAGGCUGAUUUUGAUUGUGGGAGGCUGACCUUACCCCUGGGCCACGUGUCUAUAUGAACGUAGCUCCAUGUAAUGCAGUUCCCUAGUGGUUGUCCAAGCCUCCUCCUCACUCGCGCCUGUAGUAGAGAUUUCUCUAGCUCAAGUGGCAGAGGCUUGUGCCUUAGGUCCUGGGUUCAGAGCCUAAUCCUGAUGGGGUGGGGAGAAUAUUGCAUUGCCAUGGAGUGAAAGGCAAAGCACAGAAAUUGCUGCAGAUGUUGCAGAUGGGAGGUGAGGUCUGCUAGAGAGGACACGUUCUGGCUUGGGAUCCAAUCUCUGGCGUAUACUCUAAUAUUCUUUUAUUGUCUUUCCUAUAUAUAAAUAAAGGAGAUGAAGUCAUGCAACGUGGAGAUUUACGGCAUGCUUAGUGUCUCAUACUGGUAGCUUUACAAAGUGGCUUUGGUCCUUUAUCCACUGAUGCUUGGGGACAUGAGACAUUUCUGUGACCUUUUGGUUGUGGACAGCCUCCUGUAACCCAUCUGUUGCUGGCCACCCCACUUUGGUGGGUCUCCAGCUUGUUGCUUAUCGCUAGCAUAGCUUGAGUUGGGGCCGGAUCUUGCUUGACCUACUGGGUCUGGCUGCGGGUGCGUGUCCCUCUGGUGGAAGUGUUUCCCCUGUCGCUGUGCCUGCAGGGGCUGGUUUCCCCUUGCCAAAUGAGUGCUCCGAGCCCUAAAAUGUUGAAUUUCCCAGGUUCUCCUACCUUUGAAUAGCCUGUGGCCUGGCCAGCAGAGCUGCUGGCUGGACUAUGUUUCCCUGCACUUUAAACAUAAAUAGAGCAGCGUGAAAGAGGAGUGAAAAUAAAACCCCAGUCUGAGGAUCUCGUCUUCUGUUUUAUAAAAUAUGAGACAAAUAAAGAUCUUUCAAAACUGAAGAAUUAUAUUUAAACUGCAACUGUUAUGAACCGUACCGCAGUAAAUUCAAAUCCAAGUUACACUGGCAGAUUGUAAUCCCAUUAACGGGAUUAUGUAUAUGAAUAGCAGACCAUAUCUAUUGUAUUUACUGGAAUUAAGCCAGAUUUAAAGCAGUGCUAAUGGGAAAUAAAUAUGGAACCAAAGCUGAAAUUAUACAAAAAGUACAGAAUUUCCUGACAUUAAUAAUAAUCUUCUGUCCAAAGAGGUUUCCUAGUGCUUUCUUGUUCCUGAAGGUCAAAUUGACUUCCUUCUUUGCAUUACAGUGUCACCUGGAGGCAUUUACUGAGACCUGGUGCCAGCUGUGCUCGGUGCUGGACAUUACAUUUGUGGGAGACCGUCUCUGCCUUGGUCGGCUCCUAAUCUAAAUAGUCAAGAUGACAGAUAAUCAAAGAAAGAGGGAAAAGUGGCCUGAGUAAGACAACAUGGGAUAGUGGAGUCUGUGCUUAUUAUUCCCCAGAGCGUGUGUCAUGGGAAGAAGAGGAUAAUGGGGCCCUCUCUGUUUUCUGCAUACCAUUUGGGAUUGCAGAUUCCUCUGUCACGGUCUCCUUGCCAUGCCGAAGGGCCCAAUUCAUUACUGUCCCUCACGGAGAAGCUGUUGCAUUGCUAAGCUCUUCCCCGAAUAUAUAUUUUCUUGUUCUACUCUAUGAUUUUUCAGAUGAGCUGCCCUAAACCACCCGCAGGAUUCAACAUGAGAUUGCAGCCUGGGUGUUUUCAACGACAUAAUGCGGUUGUCUGUUUUGAUCUCUGUUCAUAUCCUAUAAUUCUUAGCACUGGAUUUCCCUUUUGGACUGAGCCCUGAGCCUGUAUUUUCACAGUAUUGUCUACAGUUGCUCUAAGAUUUUUCCCCCCAAAUAAUUAUUCUCUCUCUAUAUAGAUAUUAAAAAAAAAGAUAUAAAUG